AGUAUUCAAUUACUGCAAGAUCAGACAGUUUCCACUUGGGUUUCGGUAACAGCAAAAGGUGUCAAUUUUGAAGAGUUUAUGGAUAUGAAGUCUGAAGUAUCUCAUGUCGCGAAUGCUGAACCUGUUUGUCCUGAUCUUAAGCAUUCGUCACUCGUUACUCUAGAUCAUCUACCUGCUUAUCGCUUGCAUGAUCAGUUCAUUUUUUAUAAGCCAGAGAAAGCUCUUACAGAUGCAUUUCAAGGAUUAGGAAAUGGACGUGAACGAAUGGAACAGGUCGCUAGUCGCAUUGCUAAUGCAAUGAGUCCAUCGAAAAAGAAUCGAUCACUAAAAAAUAUUUCUUCAUCAGAUACAAAUAUACAUUGGACUUUAUCAACUGCUUCAACUUUAUAUUGGCGAGUGAAGGGAGAUGCGGUAAACGCCAUCAAAUGCCUUAGGCACUCACUGAACAAUUCACCAGCAGAUAUGAAAGACAUUUCUUUAUUAAGUAUGGCGAAUAUUUAUCACCAAGCAGGCUUUCUACAUAGUGCUCUAAUCGCUUGUGGCAGCGCACUUGGAAUAUCACCCAAUCUUGUGGCAAUUCACUUUACAUUAGCAAAUAUAUAUUCAUCGAUGGCAGAUUACAACAAUGCUCUGCAGUUUUAUUAUUCGACCCUUUCACUUCAGUCGAAUUUCGAACCAGCUAAGGAACGAAUUCGCAUAAUAUAUUGCAAUUCUGGGCAAUCAGUGAAUCUUAGAAAUCGUUUUGAGGUUUUGUAA